CAUCCUAGAAUUUCCCCCCUCCUCCACUGUUUCGGACAUCGCAAUCUAAGUCCAACACCCACAUAUUAAUUUCAGGAAGAUGCAAGUUGGACAGGCACAGAGCCAGAGACACUUAAUUACCGAAGCAAGAAGAAUAGCAACGCCACAGACAAACUGAAAUGUUUUGAUACCGUAACUCUUUGGGAAUGCCACUUUAAAACUUGGUUGUAUCGACGCAUUGCAUUCUAUGUAACUCGUACUACCCCUUCUGGACUGUAUGAUGGACUGGACGGUUAGCAGUCGGGCCCUAUUGUGGUUCAUUUUCACGUUACUGUGUAGUAUUGACCCACUUCAAAUGAGUUUCUGCCACGCCAGCACCGUCUCCCUCCCCGAAAGCCUGCUCUUUGUGUCCACCCUGGAUGGAAACCUACACGCCGUCAGCAAGAAAUCAGGCUCUAUCAAAUGGACGCUGAAAGAGGAUCCUGUUCUGCAGGUUCCAACGCAUGUGGCAGAGCCAGCUUUUCUGCCUGACCCUAACGAUGGCAGCCUGUACUCUCUAGGAGGGAAGAACAACGAGGGACUGACUAAACUGCCUUUCACCAUACCUGAGCUGGUCCAGGCGUCGCCCUGCCGCAGCUCUGACGGGAUCAUCUACAUGGGUAAGAAGCAGGACCUGUGGUACGUGGUGGACCUGUUGACAGGGGAGAAGCAACAGACCCUCACUUCCUCCUUUGCUGAGAUGCUGUGUCCCUCCUCCUCCCUGCUGUACCUGGGACGUACCGAGUACACUAUCACCAUGUACGACACCAAGAGUAGAGAGCUCCGCUGGAAUGCCACCUACUUCGACUACGCCUCCACGGUGCCUGACGACGACACCAAAUACAAGAUGGCCCACUUUGUCUCCAAUGGUGACGGGCUGGUGGUGACAGUGGACAGUGAGUCGGGUGACGUCCAGUGGAUCCAGAAUUACAACUCCCCCGUGGUGGCCAUGUACAUAUGGCAGCGCGAGGGCCUGUGCAAGGUGCCGCUCACCAACGUCGCUGUGGAAACGCUGCGCUACCUCACCUUCAUGUCAGGCGAGGUGGGCCGCAUCACGCAGUGGAAGUAUCCCUUCCCCAAGGAGAAGAAGCCCAAGAACAAGCUCAUGGCCACACUCUACGUAGGCAAGUACUCCACCAGCCUGUACGCAUCGCCCUCCCUGGUGCAUGAUGGGGUCACGGUCGUGCCCCGCGGCAGCACCUUCCCCAUGCUGGAGGGUCCUAACAGCCAGGAGGUAACAAUGGAGGAGGAGUGUGUGAUCACCCCCAGGACCAGCGUCAAAUUCAACUCUGCCCUGAGGGAACGCAACCACAUCAACUUCAUGAGGAACCACCUGCUCCUCAUAGGUCAUCAUGAGACGCCUCCUGAUGCCCAUAACAAGAUCCUGGAGAAGUUCCCUGACAGUAUCCCACGCCAGCAGGGCAAUGUCAUCCCCACCACCACAGAGAAGACCCUAGAGGAGAAGGUGAAUGAGAGUGACAUGGGAGAAGGCCCCACUGUGGGCCCCAGCCCUCCGGCGGUCACCUCCAUCCAGGAGCAGCGUGGGCAGACCACACCGGUGAGGGUGGAGGCCCCUGUGGACUCCAUGCUUAAAGACAUGGCCACCAUCAUUUUCAGCACCUUCCUCCUGGCCGGCUGGGUAGCCUUCAUCAUCAUCUACCCCAAGAGUGUUCACAAACAGCAGCAGCUGCAGCAUGAACAGUUCCAGAGGCAGUUGGAUGAGCGGCUGGAUCUCCUGAGGAGACAGCCGUUCUCUCCCCCGGGGACCGACCUGCCCCUGCUGGCCCCGGACGCUGACUCAGACCACAGCAGCCCCAACGGCACCCCCAACAUCACCCCCCGUGCAUCCAACCACUCCAACCUAUCUGUGCCCGAGCUGGGCAGCUCCGCCAACGAGCACGAGGACAGAGAUGAGGACUCCAACAUGGUCAGAGUUGGAAAGAUAACGUUCCGGGCCAAAAAUGUUUUGGGACACGGUGCAGAGGGAACCAUCGUGUAUAAGGGUCAGUUUGACAACCGUGCCGUGGCAGUCAAGAGGAUCCUCCCAGAAUGCUUCAGCUUUGCUGACCGUGAGGUGGACCUGCUGCGCGAGUCGGACGAGCAUCCCAACGUCAUCCGUUACUUCUGCACAGAGAGGGACCGCCAGUUCCAGUACAUCGCCAUAGAGCUGUGUGCCGCCUCACUGCAAGAGUAUGUGGAGAGACAGGAUUUUGAUCGGCAUGGACUGGAGCCUGUGAUGCUGCUGCAGCAGACCAUGUCAGGACUGGCACACCUGCACUCCCUCAAUAUAGUGCACAGAGACCUGAAGCCCCACAACAUCCUGGUGUCCAUGCCCAACGCCCACGGUCGGGCGCGGGCCAUGAUCUCCGACUUUGGCCUGUGUAAGAAGCUGGCGGUGGGCCGACACAGCUUCAGCAGGAGGUCCGGGGUGCCCGGCACCGAGGGGUGGAUCGCCCCAGAGGUCCUCAAUGAGGACUGCAAGGACAACCCUACGUGCACGGUGGACAUCUUCUCUGCAGGCUGUGUGUUCUACUAUGUGGUGUCCUGGGGAUGUCAUCCCUUUGGCAAGUCCCUGCAGAGGCAAGCCAACAUACUGCUGGGAGCCUACAGCCUGGACCAGCUACAGCCCCACAAACAUGAGGACAUCGUGGCCGCAGACCUGAUAGAACAGAUGCUGAGCAUGGAGCCCCAGAGGAGGCCUUCUGCUGAGAGCGUGCUCAAACACCCCUUCUUCUGGAGCCUGGAGAAACAGCUGCAGUUCUUCCAGGACUUGAGUGACAGGAUAGAGAAGGAGCCGCUGGACGGACCAAUCGUAAGGCAGUUGGAGCGAGGGGGGCGGGCCGUGGUGAAACUGGACUGGAGGGAGCACAUCACAGUGCCUCUACAGACCGACCUACGCAAAUUCCGGUCGUAUAAAGGAGGGUCUGUCAGAGAUCUUCUCCGUGCCAUGAGAAACAAGAAGCACCAUUACAGGGAGUUACCAGCAGAGGUCCAGGAGACUCUGGGCUCCAUCCCUGAUGACUUUGUCUCCUACUUCACUUCCCGCUUCCCCCACCUGCUGCGCCACACCUACCUGGCCAUGCGCACCUGUGCCCACGAGAGGUCAUUCCUUCCCUACUACUCCAGCUCAGAGCAGCUCUCCUGGAUACGGACUCCCUACACACACCCCGGGCCCAAGGCCACAGAGCUGCUGCAGACACACAUGUCGCAGCCGGAGGAACCCACACCGUCAAACACAGUACCCUCACAGCCUGAGAAGGUGUCAAAUACAAUUCCAUCCACAGCACCCAUACAGUCAGUGACCGUAUCAGACUCCACACCCAUACAGUCACUGUCAAACACAACAACACCCCCACAGUCAGUGCCAACCACAUUACCAGUAGAGCCAGUAUCAUCCACAUCAUUACCAGUCCAACCAGUACCGCCUACAUCACCCUCAUCCACACUGCCAGACCUGCCCCCACAGACAGUGUUGCCCUCAGACCCCCCCACACCCUCAGAAACCCCCCUUACAGAUCCCGUCCCACCUGAACCACACAUGCUGCCAGUGCCACAUCCAGCCACACCGGACACGGCGCCUGCCUGAGAGCCGACGUGGGGUGGUGGGUGAGUGCUGCACAGAGGAGCAUUGCCUUACGAGUGGACACAUACUGGUGUUCUGUUGCUCUGUCCUGUGCUGGUGAGGACCAGGCCUGCAGUGCCUGGGAGCUGCCGACAGGGGGGAGCAGCAGCCCAAACCAAGUGCCUUUCCUGCUCGACUGAGACAAAAUGGCUCCGAAUGGAACCGUCCCAAGGUCCCUCGACGCAUCAAGAAGCCAGGGUGGAAAUGAGCUAGUGGGGGCCGUACUGUGUACUACAGAGAGAAUCUGUUUUAUUUGCAAUGGAGUCCCUGCUAAUGUCAAGUACUGUGAGGUAUUGUUGGGCACAAAAUACUUGGCAAAGCAAGGGAGGAAUUCUUCUGUUGAUGUUGAAAGACAAGUCGACAAUGGUAGUUUUACUGUGGAAUCUUGUUAUUUCUCUUAAUGAGCCUAUACACUGUAAAGAGGUGUAUAUUUUUGUAUAGGUGACGACUUGAUAAUGACUAUCGUUGAAAAUCAUGGGAUGUGGCCAUUGUGCCUUUUUAAAUAACACUGUGUUAUGUAUGUGAGCUCUGAGGGUAGACGUCUCUGGAAUAGUUUUGCUUGCUGCUGCAGAUGCUGCUAGUGACGGCUUUUCUCUCUUGAAUAACUACUAUUUCAGUGCCUGUCUUCCUGUGCAGGCGAGCACAGAUAUGCCAAAGGGUGUUUGAACUGAACACUGGUAAAAGCAUACUGUGUUUGUCUUUUCUACUUUUAUCUCUGAUAGCUUUGUGCUGUACAUCAGACACAAGGCAAUAUGUGAUCUGAUAGUUUUUUUUAUUGCAGGACAUCACCCAAAGUCUUGUUUGCUUGACCUCUGACACACUAGGCCUUUAGUAAAACUGGUUCAGCUACAAGUCAUGAUAGGAUGAUUACAGAAAGCAUUCACUUCACAUUCUGGUUUUUGCUGUCAGAGGAAUGAUGUGUUUUCUCUCAUCCUAGCUUUGAUGAAGGAUGAUCCAAUGCAACAUGUUUUAUUCAAUCGUAUUGUCUGUAUAAUGAUUGGCAGUUAAAUAGGUCUUCAUUUAUUACAUGAAUUAACUGUUAUAGUUUGUUCAUAUUUUAUUUUUAAGUGGAAUGCAUUUACUUCAGGUUUAUUUUAUACUGUUCAUUGUACAUCAAAAACCCCAAGAAUGUACAGUAUUUUGUCUAAUGCAAGCUGUUUAAAGUUAAGUGAAGAGGGUUUUCUGCAAAAGUGAACAGUAAAUCUUUUGCAGUCUCGUCUGACGAUGCCUUUUACUGUUAAGAUUUAAUUUCUAACAUGCCAUCCUGAAUGCAAGAAUAGUUUGUUUUAUGAUAUUCCAUUUUCAGUUUUGCAAUUGUCUCCUUUUGCCAACAUGUCUGCCAUUGUUGGAGUGAAAAUGCCAAAUUAAAUCAGCAUUAAUAUCUGUUACUGUGUUAGUUUGCAGAUAUUUUGAGCUUGUGGAACUAAUGCUGCGUUCAUAACCAAGUGGGAAGGUGGUAUUUACCAGUCGGUAGACUGGGAAAAAUCCAAUUGAACCUACCUACAACUUGUAAUUGCUAGUGGGAAACUCAACGAUCGUCCCUGAUCUCGACUUCUCCCACAUGCUGACCUCUGACAUCACCUACUAAGGAAGUGACUUCACCAACAGCAUUUUCGGCAGUUAAAUGUAGCACAACAUUUAUAAAAGGCAAUCUAUUAACGUUUUUUAACUUGAAUUUGUUAACAACCAUGAAAGCUGUACUUUUAGUUGGUGAAUUGUGAUUUGGUGUAACAAUGUAUGCAGACCCUUUUCUAUGCAACCUGAUUAGAUGUCAGUUUAUAUGAAUCCUUCUUCUUUUGUCCCUCCUAUAGAAGCACCAUUACAGGGAGUUACCAGCAGAGGUCCAGGAGACUCUGGGCUCCAUCGCUGACUGUCACCUACUUCACCUCCCGCGCCACACCUACCUGGCCAUGCACACCUGUGCACAGGAGGCACUUCCUUCCCUACUACUCCAGCUCAGAGCAGCUCGCGUGGAUACGGACUCCCUACACACACCCCGGGUCCAAGGCCACAGAGCUGCUGCAGACACACACGUCGCAGCCGGAGGAACCAACACCGUCAAACACAGUACCCUCACAGCCUGUGAUGGUGUCAAGCACAUAUCUAUCCACAGACCCCAUACAGUCAGUGACCGUAUCAGACUCUACACCCAUAUAGUCACUAUCAAACACAACCACAUUACCAGUAGAGCCAGUAUCAUCCAAAUCAUUACCAGUCAAACCAGUACUGCCUACAUCACCCUCAUCCACACUGCCAGACCUGCCCCACAGACAGUUGCCCACCCAGCCCUCAGAACCCUCCACACCCUCAGAAAUCUCCCCUACAAAUCCCGUGCCACACUGGACACGGAGCCUGCCUGAAAGCCAGGUGAUGGGUACGGCACAGAGGAGCGUUGCCUUGGGGUUGUAGGCUGGGUUUCUGUAUAGCACUCUGUGACACCUGCGGAUGUAAAAAGGGUGUUUUAUAAAUACAUUUGAUUGAUUGCCUUACGAGUGGACACAUACUGGGGUCCUGUGGCUCUUUCCUGUGCUGGUGAGGACCAGGCCUGCAUUGCCUGGGACCUGCCGACGGGGCAGCAGCAGCCCAAACCAAGUGCCUUUCCUACUCUACUGAGACAAAAUGGCACAGAAUGGAACCGUCCCAAGGUCCCCCGAUGCAUUAAGAAGCCAGGGUGGAAAUGAACUAGUGUGGGCAGACAGAACCUGUUUUAUUUGCAAUGGAGUCCUGUCUCAUGUCAAGUAUUGUUGGGCACAAAAGACUUGGCAAUGCAAGGGAGGAAUUCUUCUGUUAUGUUGGAAGAUUUAAGUCAACAAUGGUAGUGUUACUGUACAACGUUCCCUCAGUGAGCCUUUUCACUGUAAAGAGGUGUAUAGUUUUGUAUAUGUGACUACUUGAUAAUGACUUGAUCAAUGAUAACCAUAUGAUGUGGCCAUUUAUGCCUUUUUUUAAAAACACUGUGCUAUGUAUGUGAGCUCUGUAAGGGUAGAUGUCUCUGAAAUAGUUUUGCUUGCUGCUGCAGAUGCUGCUUGUCUCUCUUGAAUCAAUACUAUUUCAGUGCCUGUCUUCCUGUGCAGUCAUGGAGAGAUAUUCCAAAGGGUGUUUGAAUUGAACACUGGUAAAGGGAUGUUUCUUUUCUACUUUUAUCUCUGUUAGCGUUGUGCUGUACAUCGGGCACAAAUAAAUAUAUUUUUUUAUUGCAGGGCGUCAGCCAAAGUCUUGUUUGCUUGAUCUCUUGACACACUAGGCAUAACUAAAACUUGUUCGGCUACAAGUCAUGAUAGGAUGAUAUUCACCUUCAGUAUUCACCUUACAUUCUGGGUUAUGGGCUUUAGUUUUUUUGUCCAUUCUUUAAUGGAGGAAUUAUAUAUAUUCUCUCAUCCCAUAUUCCUUAAUGAUGAUCCAAUGCAACAUGUUUUAUUCAAUCAUAUCCAUUGAAUAACAGAUUAAUAGGUAUUUAACUGUAAUAGUUUAAUAUUUGAUUUAUUUUGUACGGUGUUUUUAUGUACUGUCCAUACUACACACUGUUUCACGAUUUUCUAAUUUUGCAUUGCCAACGAAUAUGCAGCUGUUUAAGUGAAAAAGCCAAAUAAAUCAGCGUUAUAUUUGUGCCUUUGAACUUUA